UGACAAGGACAAGCUCACAUGAGCUCAACCAGAUAAUCAAUGGGGCCCACCCUAGGUAGCUAGCUAGCAAGCUACUAGCUAGCUCUCACACCCCAUCCUCCUUCCUCUCCUUUAAAAAGCAAGCUACUUGUAUUGUGCCCACUCUUCCCCCCCUCCAUCAUACAGUACAUUGCACACACGUAUACAUACAUACACAUACACAUACAUACACACUAGACACGCUAGCUAGCUAAGGAAGCUAGGAUAAUUACCUUUGGUUGCAAGCCAAAAGCAAGCAUCCAUCCCAUCCAGAACCAGCCUCAUCUCCAUUUCUCAUCCUCCCCCUUUCCUCUCCGGCCGGCCGGCCUCUCACCAAGAACGACCUUCAUAGUACCCACCCCACCAUCGAUCCUUCCUCCACCCUUCUUCCUCCUCCUCCCCAUCCUCUUCUUGCUCGAUCUCAUGCCUGGAUCCUGCAAGAAGCUCAGGCUUUAGGUAGUUAGCAGGCAGAUCGAGCUGUUCCCCACCUUCACAGCUUCUCCUGCUAUGCCAGUCGCCCGAGAAUUCUAAAUUCCAAUCUCCCAAGCUAGCCAAAUAUUGUAAGCCCACCCAAAUCCUACACUUAUAAACAACAGUAACAGCACAGCACUGGGAGUGGGAGAAGGGGAGCACCAGCUGCUGGUCAAAGGUCAAGGCCAGCAGCGAGGACGAAGCAGAAGCAGGCAAGGGGAGGAAGGAGGCAUCUACCACCUAACCUACCUCUCCUCCAUCGAUCGGUGCACAUGGAGUUCACCGCAAUCAGGGCCUCCACGGCGGCCGCUGGUAGCUGCUCGUCGCCGCCCGCGGCGGAUCAUAAGGCUGAUGAGGAGGAGGCUGCGGCGGUGGAGAAGGAGCACAUGUUCGACAAGGUCGUGACGCCGAGCGACGUGGGCAAGCUGAACCGGCUGGUGAUCCCGAAGCAGCACGCGGAGAAGUACUUCCCGCUCGACGCCUCCUCCACCGACAAGGGCCUCCUGCUCAGCUUCGAGGACCGCGCCGGCAAGCCGUGGCGCUUCCGCUACUCCUACUGGAACAGCAGCCAGAGCUACGUGAUGACCAAGGGCUGGAGCCGCUUCGUCAAGGAGAAGCGCCUCGACGCCGGGGACACCGUCUCCUUCGGCCGCGGCGUCGGGGAGGCCGCAAGGGGCAGGCUCUUCAUCGACUGGCGCCGCCGCCCCGACGUCGUCCUCCCGCCCGGGCACCACCGAGGCUUUGCCCUCCCCUCCAUGCCCUUCUCGCCGUGGAUGGCGCACCCGGCCGGACCCGGCGGCGCUGGCGGCAGGAUGUUCCUCCAGGCGACUACUCCGGCGUCCGUCUACGACUACGACGCCUACCAGUACCAACACCAACACCACCACCAGCGGCGACACAUCGGGUACGACGGCUACGGGGCAGCACCCGGCAGGCAGGUGCUCUUCUACCAGCCGCAGCAGCAAUACCACCGCCAGCACCAGUCGCUGGUCCUGGAGUCGGUGCCGGUGCGCAUGGCGGCAGUGCCAGGGCAGUACCCGGUCCCGGAGCCGUCCCCGGUGGCGACGUCGGGGUCGAAGCGGGUGCGGCUCUUCGGGGUGAACCUCGAGUGCGCCACAAACGCCGAGGAGGACUUUGAAGGCGUGAGGACGGCGCCUCCGGCGCUGCAGCUGCUGUCACCGGCCUCCUCAUCGUCGUCGUCGUCAGGGAAAGCGAGGUGCUCUUUGAAUCUUGACUUGUGAAGCGCUAAGAGUGGGCGGUCGUACGAUCCACCACUACUACCACUACUGCUACUCAGAUUCUGACACAAACGGGGCCGCCGCCGCCGCCGGGCGUUCGCAAAGGAGAAAUUAACCUGUCGGAGAAGUAAACAAAUGCGGCGGCGGCGGCCGGUGCAUGCUUGGAGCAUCUAGCCUCUUCGUAAUCACUUCCUUUGGUAUAUAUAGCUCAUGAUCCCUCGAUCCUUAAUUAUUAGGCAGUGCUGUGCAGUGUGAGAAGAAACACGAAAAGAACAAUUUAAGCAGCAGCAACAACAACAAAUCUCUCUAUCUUGAUUGAUGCAUGGUUUCUUGCUAUACUAUCUGCUUUGAUUUGCA